AUGGUGGACACAGAAAACCAGUUUUUCCCCUUAGAGGAGGAUGAUCUCGGAAGCCCCUUAUUUAGAGAGUUCCUACAAGACAUGGAAAACAUACAGGACAUCUCGUCUCUUGGUGAUGAUAGCCCUGGAGCAUUAAGUGUAACAGAGCUCCAGUCUUUGGGAAAUGGUCCAGGAUCUGAUGGAUCAGUCAUUACAGACACCCUUUCACCAGCAUCAAGUCCUUCAUCCAUUAAUUUUGCCACAAUUCCAGGUAGCAUAGAUGAAUCACCUGGUGGAGUAUUAAACAUUGAAUGUAGAAUUUGUGGGGACAAAGCCUCUGGCUUCCAUUAUGGAGUACAUGCUUGUGAAGGUUGUAAGGGAUUUUUUAGGAGGACAAUUCGACUUAAACUCAUCUAUGAUAAAUGUGAUCGUACCUGCAAAAUUCAGAAAAAAAAUCGUAAUAAGUGCCAAUACUGUCGUUUUCAAAAGUGCCUUUCAGUUGGAAUGUCACAUAAUGCAAUUCGUUUUGGACGAAUGCCAAGGUCUGAGAAGGCAAAGUUGAAAGCAGAAAUUCUAACAGGUGAACAAGAUGUGGAAGAUUCAGAAAUGGCAGAUCUUAAAUCUCUCGCCAAGAGAAUCUAUGAGGCCUAUCUGAAAAACUUCAAUAUGAACAAGGUUAAAGCUAGAGUCAUCCUCGCAGGGAAAACCAAUAACAAUCCACCAUUUGUUGUACAUGACAUGGAAACACUCUGUAUGGCAGAGAAGACUCUGGUGGCAAAACUGGUAGCCAAUGGAAUCCAGAACAAGGAAGCAGAAGUUCGAAUCUUCCAUUGUUGCCAGUGUACAUCUGUAGAGACUGUAACAGAACUUACUGAAUUUGCCAAAUCUAUCCCUGGCUUCUCAAAUCUUGAUUUGAAUGAUCAGGUGACUCUGUUAAAAUAUGGAGUUUAUGAAGCCAUUUUUGCCAUGCUAGCUUCUGUAAUGAACAAAGAUGGGAUGCUGGUAGCCUAUGGAAACGGCUUUAUAACUCGGGAGUUCCUGAAAAGCCUAAGAAAGCCAUUUUGUGAUAUUAUGGAGCCGAAGUUUGAUUUUGCAAUGAAAUUCAAUGCACUGGAGCUGGAUGAUAGUGACAUAUCGCUUUUUGUAGCUGCUAUCAUUUGCUGUGGAGAUCGUCCUGGUCUUGUAAAUGUAGAAUAUAUUGAAAAGAUGCAGGAGGGCAUUGUGCAUGUACUAAAACUUCACUUGCAAAACAACCAUCCUGAUGACAUCUUCCUCUUCCCAAAACUCCUCCAGAAAAUGGCUGACCUCCGACAGCUUGUCACAGAGCAUGCUCAACUUGUUCAGAUAAUCAAAAAGACUGAAUCUGAUGCACUCUUGCAUCCUUUAUUACAAGAAAUCUACAGCGAUAUGUAUUAAGGGUUUUUUGUAAUGUUUUCCACGGUAUUUAAAGUCAAGAGCAAUAUUAAUAAUAGAUGAGAGAAAAAUUACUUUGUACAGUUAUCUGCUGUGCUGAAUUCCAGAACAUGAAAAAUCUAAAUUGUAGAUAACUGGAAUGUCACACUUCUUUUGUCGUGGGUUCUUUAAAUACUUUAGAGAAAUUACAUAGUGCUUAUGAAUUUGCUCAUAAGAAGUUUUGGUUAAUUUGAAAUUUGAGGGUUAGCGAGAAUGUGUAUGUACUGAACAAGUAUAUGUUUAACAAAUCUGAAUCUGUUAACUAACAGACCUUGAUUGAUCAAAAUUAUAUUCUGUAUUGGGCUAGUCAUUGAGCAUUAAUUUACCAAAUAGGGCAAAAUUUGUUCAAGAUACAUGCACUAUCUUCUAUAGAUUAUGUACUCUUGGUUUAAAUACUCUCCUGUUCAUUAUUGAGAACCAACUAGCACUUUCAAAUUUUUCUCAAAGAAUAGUCAGGCUAGAUGUAUCAAGUGGCUGGGUAUAACUAUACAUGCACAGGUAUAUUUAUUUGAAAGAUAUUUACUUUGUUGCUGUCUGAAUUAUGAGAGGAAUAGUACUACUUAAGUAGCUUUAGGAUUAGCCUUUUAAAAAGAGUCUUUAAAAAAAAGUUAAUUAAAGGAUUAUCAUGGUGUAACUCACAUAAUCACUUCCCUGCCACUGUGGGAGCCUUGGGCACUGGUGCACCUUGGUCCCUUCUAUUCUCUGCCUAUGGCACGUAAUAGUCUAGUCUCCCAUGGGAGGUAAUACCCAAUGAUCAAAAUUAGACCAACCAAAGUAUCAGUGUGUGGGUCCUGGGUCGUGCUGGUGUUCUCUGAUGUACAGGAGGUCAGACUAGUUGAUCUAGUGGUCCUUUCUGGCCGUAAACUGUAAGACUCUAUAAAAUACGUCAAAGAUAUCUUACCAAGCUGCUUCUUAGUGAAUUGUACUUUACAAUGGGGGAAUGCUUUUUCAAAAGUGUUCUAAUGAAACUAGGCGAAAGUCCCUUUUGGGUGGAGAUGUAGUAUAUUGUAUGCAUCUUGGAGAAGUCUUAAUUGCUGAAGAUGAAAUUUUUACUUUAAAUGCCAUUUUGAAUUAGCAGGACUUGGGGAGUCACCCAGAAGUCUGAUUCUUGCCCCAAGGAAGCUGAAUUCCAGAUUGUUAGAAUACAAUAGCUUCAGGUGGUGGUCUACUCUGAAAAAUGAUUGUAUAAACAAGGCACCUUUAUUCUUAACAGAUCUGCACCUAAUAUGUAUUCAAAGUCAUACAUAUUUACUGUUCUGAUAAAAAAUAUUAUUUUACACUCUCUGCUUAUAUUACCCCCUCAGAGCCAAUCCAGCUGAGUGAAAUGCCUUCUGUUCCUCCUUGUACAUUGUCAACAGAACUAUUAACUAAAUUCCAAACACACUAUAUUCUGCCCUCCUUUUACUCUACCACACUGGAGACCACAGGUACAGAAUGCAGAAUUUGUAGACACUGAUUGCACAGUUGUAAAGGAAGAGGGCACAGCUUGGAGAAAAUGGUUUCAUGUAAUUGAGAGCAGAAUCUGAGCCACAGUGUAGUUCUGACUGGUGAUGUAAGCCAGAAUAACAUAGCUUGAGUUUAUGUCCAUGUUGUCUGCAGGACUGGCAGAUAGAACAAUCAUGUUACAGUAAACUGAGCACAUUUAAUCUGAAAAUCAUUGAAACAUAAUAGACAUGGAACUCCAUCAUGCCACUUUUCAGAGACUACUGUAUAAAGAAUGAAAACAACUGCUAGCCAUGAGUUUCUUUUGGGAGUAACAUUUAAUAUAUUAAGAGAGUAGAAGGAGACUGUCUUUAUCUUUCUUUUCCUUUUUACCCCGAGAGUUUCUCCAUUGAUCUUUUUUUAUGGGGUGUUAAAACAAUGAUCUUGACAGCCAAUUUUGACAAUACUUUCAUAGUAAUACUUUCUGUGGCUGAAAAAGGGUCAGUUUUCAUGCCUGCUUUAUUGUAGCAUGGUUUCAAGGCCUCAGAAUCAUAAACCUUCACUAACAGAAUCAACUUGGGAGUAAGGCUUGAUAAAUCCCAGAACACAGAACACCGAUCAUAGAAUCAUAGAAUCUCAGGGUUGGAAGGGACCUCAGGAGGUCAUCUAGUCCAACCCCCUGCUCAAAGCAAAAUCUCUGUUUUCAUCAUAGAACUUGUUUCUGCUAGAGACUUGUUGUUACAGUUAGGCUUUUGGUCAUUUGAGCCUUACAUAUUGAGUGAGAUUAGAGUGAUUUUUUUUUCCAGCUUACACAUUGCAAGUGUUAAGAACAAAGUAUCUAUACUUCCAUUAGUGUGCUUAGAAUCUAUUCCAGUUUCUGUGCUUAUGUAACUUCUCAGGCACACACAGCUCAAACUGGUGCCUGGGUCUGGGAGGGGAAAAGUAAAGAAUGCAUAUACACAAAAUGAUGGCAUACAUGCUACCUUUCCCAUCCACCAUUUUUUAUUUUUUCACAACCAGCAGCAGUGAAAAGUAUGGAUAUAGGACACCUACCUUAUCUAUUCAAUUUGAUAAUAGAUUUUCAAGUUUUAUCAGAAAAUAGUGGAUUGAGAAAUGAUCUGCUUUUAUGUAUUAUUGCAGUACACUGUGACUCUUGAGAAAAAUGAGAGGAUUUCAGCAAUGGUACUUUCUGCUACUAAAAAUGUUUCCCAUUGAAACUGCAAAGUUCAAAAAUCAUGAAUCAGAUGCUAAAAAAUUAUGAGGUUGGCUUAAAAACUAUAAGAUAUAUCACUAAUGUCUUGGAUUUUGGGCGGGGGAUGUUUUAGGGGUUUCUAGGUCACAUUUUCAAACUUUACUCCCAAGAAUGAGGGCUAGAAACUUAAAUGAAGCUGAGGUUCUCACAUAAUCAUUUCUUGGCAGAAGAUGGGGAUUUAAAUAAAUUAUCACAUAUUGCAAGACUCAUAAUGAAACCAUAAGAGUUGCCAGUAUUUGACUUCUCAAGUUAAAUAUGGACCUAAAUACUCUCGAUCUUUUAAAAUAUUUCAACUUCCUAUUAUUAUCUGUCCUUCUGGAAAUGUAAUUCAGACUUGUUCCGGGUUUAUUACAUUUCCAGUACACUGUCCCUGUUUGUUUCUGACUUUCAUAUAGGUCCAAAUUCUGGACCUUUGCACAGGCCUUAAAUAAACAAACCUUGCUCAGGUAAAUGUCCAUGGGAGUCAGGGAGGGCAGCUUUCUUACCCUAUUGAGCAGCACCCAAUACACCCACUUUUCUCCAGGCAGGUGAUUAGACUGGUGGAGCCACAUAAUCAUUGUCACACUAGUUAUACCCUUGCCCAUCCCCCACCAUUCCUACCACCAGCCAUUAGUCUGCGCUGCUUUGGAGGAAGCCAGUGUGGAGUAAAGUUCAGUGCUGUCCAGAAUGCGUGCAGUACAGAAAAAUCACAGUGAUUCCACUGACUUUAAGUUGCUGUGCUUCAAUUGAAAGGGAGGUAGGGUUUGGCCCAGAAUGAAUAACUAUUACAGUGAAUGAUGAAUUUUUGGUUUUGCCAUUUGGGAUAAAAUGUGAUGUUUUGUUGCCUGGAUGGUUGAGCAAGGGCAGCACUUUCUAGAGAGAGAGUCUUCAAUGCAAUGCUAGAAUUGACUCAGCAGGUAGAUGAUAUGCAUAUGGAGUUACUACUGUUUAUAAAGCUUCGAUUAAAGUAUUUGUUCCUCAAAACUCAAACCCUCAGAAUGCUUAUCCUGUAUGGGGAUGUGAUGCAGCUGACUCAGUUUUAGGUGCAUGCCUUGUGUUUGACUAAUACUAGUCCCCAUAAUUAAGUCUUUGACCAUCAGCCAUUAUGAAUACCUGCUCUGUUAGGAGCCCUGGUAGUUAAGGAGACUUUUUUGUUUUGUCCACUCUCACCUCAUCUGCUGAAUAAAACCAUCUCAUUUUCCUUCAGUCUUUCAUAAAUCCUGGUCUUCCUGGUGCCGCUUUGUCUGAUACUAAAUACAAAGGUGGAGCAGAACCUAUUAACCUCCCUAGUGCUCUUGUUUAGUUAAAUAGCAGCUGUACACACCACAUCUCCCCAGAUGAGGCAGUACGCUGUCCCACCUCCACUUGUAUACGCUAUGACUACGAGCAUCUGAGUACAUCUGCACCCAUGUCUAUGUACUUUCACACUUAACACCAAUAGUGCUACCCCUGCUGAUGGUCUCUACAGCUGUGGUCGGCAUUGCUUUCAGCAUUCUUGAUGUAUGCAGCACCCACAUGUGUGUAACAGUGAACAGCACACUUGGUGUGAACCUGAUGACAAUGGUAGCAAUGGCACACAUCCAGAGCCUCUUUGCAUUUCAGCUAGGAUCUUUGUUUGUCAGCAAAGUUCCUGAUCUAGAAAUUCAUUCAUCAAACAUCUAAAAGUUUUUAAAUAGGAAAAGACAGCAGUCGCAUUUCAAGACCGGCUAAUGUUUUGGGUAGUUUCCAUAACCAUUUGAAUUUUGAUGAGUGUUUCAAAGAGCUACAAUUAAAAUUAACAUAUAAAAUAUAUGUACAAAAAGUAUUUGUCUAGGGGUUACAGAAACUUGAACAAGAUGGUAACAGAUCCUAAAAUUCUGGGAGAUUCCACUGAGUGCACAACAGAGAUACCUAUACUGCCUUCAAAGAAAACAAGACACAGAACAAUAAUAUCAACUGUAAAUUUAGUAUUGGUAUACAGAACUUAUUUUAGCAUUACAUUUUUCACAGAUUUAGCUCAGCUACCUCAACGGAUUAUCACAGUAGACACUAACAAAUUAGAUUUUUCAAGAUGGCAGCUUUUGUGAAAGUUUACAGUUUGAACUAAGUACUAACAGAUUCCUGAGCAAAUUUCAUCAUGCAUAAAGGAGUCAAAUCAUGCAAGCUUUAGGGUUUUUUAAAAAAAAUCAGUUAUAUACAAGAAAGAGUGGUCUUAUUUAGAAGAGAACACUAUUACAGACUUGCUGGCCUGUUUGGUACAUCAUUACUCUGACUAGAAGCAGGUUCUAGGGGAAAUUGUGUAACCUUAAUUUUAAUUCAUUUGGUUAUUCUAUUUAAAGCUUUAUUCUGAUUUCAAAGUGUGUGCAUGCAACCCUCAUUAAUACAAAUGAAGUUACUUGUGGAUACCAACAUAUCCCUUAAUUUCAGGAGCCCAUCUCUAUUUUAAAUGCGCUAAAAUUAAAAUGACAACCAAUCAGAAUGUUUUCCAUUUACUCAAACUGAACUUUUUUGGCAUUUAAAAAUGCCUUAAUUUUCAUUUUCCUGUGCCUUUGGGUUUCUGGUUCCAACCAGCUGCUAAAAUGUCGAAAUGCUGCCAAAGAGCUUAUGUUUGCACUAUUUCUGGCCCAAACAGAUUUAGGAAAUACCAGCAAUUGUACCAGAGUCCAUUCUCAUGAGAUUUCUAGCACAAGUUUGUAAACUCAAGGGGUUAAGAUAAGCAUCUAAACAUGUUUAUCUUAAAUACUAAAUCUGUGAAAGUUUACUCAUUGCUAGAAUUAGGUCCCACACUGAACUAGCAUUUCUGAGUGGUCUUUCAUUUCUAAUGGACAGCUUUAUGGUAAGAAGUCUUAGACAAAGCAGAUGGCGAAGAUUGCAUUGUAGCUACCUAAAUUAUUUCUGGUCCUCUUCCAUUUCAGCUCAGUUUGUCCCUUAAUUUUCAGUCACAAAGCUUCUAUCUCAGAGUUUUUAAAGAAGAAGAAAAUCAGCAGUUAUUUAAAUGCACUUAUAGCCAUUGUACUAUUUUAUAAUAAAAUUAAUGAAUUGUUGAGUAUGUCAUAAAAUUGGUACUUCAUUCAAAGCCAUAAUCCUUUAUUAAGGCUUGUUGAAUUGAAAGGCACAGUAUGAUGCUUGCCUGUACCUCAAUGCUAUUUUAAUAACCACAUUCAAAUUUGAAUAUCUGUGUUUAAUCAAGUUUGUUAACCCUCAGGUACUGAGUGGUUAAAUUUACAAUAUGGAGGUUUGAACUAAGAUUAGUGGUAUUGUUCAGUUUUGUCUUUUGUUUUUAAACUGAAUGUGAUAGCGUUUCUUUAAACUUCCAUAUGUAAAAUAUACAAAUAUAAUUGCAAGACAAACUUUUAGUAAAUUAUACCACAAAAGCUUUAAAGGAAAUAUGUAAAUUAUUUAAGUGAAACUCUAUGGGCCUGAUUUGCAAACCCUUAAUCACAAAGAGAAUACUUGUAUGAGUAAAGGCCACAAGGUCUCAAGUUAAAGAUGCUAUUAAUUUGUUUGUGGACUUAAUUACCACAAACUAUAUAAAGGACUGUGUCAUGCUCCCUUGUCCUGGACUCUGCCUCAGUUUCCACUCCAUCUGUAUAAAUCAGUCCUGAGUCAGACUUCUACCAUUUUUAGAACCCUCAUCCAGAGGGUUCCAAUAAUAAAACAGAAACUAACACAGUCUCAGCCAAUAGUUUGUCUCUCUGGACUCUUGUUCUUCUCUCACCGAGAAACAGUUAUGAGCCACCCUGCCACCUCAGCAUUGGCUGCUGUUCCCCAUCCACACUGGGGUUAUCGGUCUCUUGUUCCAAAUUGCCUGCGUCAGCUAUUCCCUCCCCACAAACUUACUCCUUUUCAAAGGACUUUCCACCUUCCUACUCACUCCCCAGAAGCUGCAGGUCUUUCCUGUCCAGAGGCACCCACCAGCUCUCUUUGCAGAGCUAAUAGGAUUUCUCCUACUGUCCUUCUUCCCUGAUAGUUUCCCUCAGGCUUCUCCCUACUACUUCCAAGCCCCAGCUCAGUGUUCCCCCUCGCUCUUCCUCAUGUAGGAUCCUUUCUAAUCUGUGGAGGUCUCAAGUCUUCCCCAAAGAGAGAACACUCGUGGGUAGCUUCCUUAUACUACUCAGACAGUCUCCUUAUAGAGUUCAGCUGCUCCAUUACUAAUUUGGCUGAUGAGGUAUCACUUGGAGCACCUCAUUGCUCCAAAGUGUAGUUCACAGGGCGGUGGAGGGCAAGUGUUGUGCAAAACUUUGGGACAUAUCCGUGUGUGAGCAUUUGCAGUUGUAAACAAGGUUUGAAAAUAUUUGUAUGUAGAAUGUAGACUUCCUUUCAUUUCUCUUUUGAUACAAGUAAGUCUGGCACAGGAUAAACUGUAGCUGUAAAAUAUUUAGUUAACAUAAUUAAGGGUUGGGGCUCAAACUGGCCAAGGUGUAGGGUGGACUUCAGAACCACUUUCAUCUUUCCAUGCACUGCAGUACUUUAGUUUUCCUACUAGGCUUGUAAUUAAACAAAGAGAGGUCGUUUCUAUAUAAUUCCUGUAGACCUACGUUUCUCUCAUAAAUUUAUACUUAAAUUUUAUGAGAAGUUGAUUUUUGGCUUUACUGGAAUAAAGCUGUCCUAUUGUUUAUAUAAAAAAUAAUUUUGGUGCCACACACACUGAGGUUGAACUAUGAUUUCAAAAUUAUGUAACUGUUUGACUAUACAAUGAAAACUAAGUAAUAAUUAAAAUAUGCAAUAACUUGGAAGUCGUUUAAUUUUUCUAUAGGAACAUUCCUUUUUUCCUAUGACUUUAGAUCAGUGGUUUUCAACCUUUUUUUAAUUUGCGGACCCCUAAACAUUUUCAAAUGGAGGUAUGGACCUCUUUGGAAAUCUUAGCCAUAGUCUGCGGACCCCCAGUGGUCCACUGGCCACAAGUUGAAAACCAGGUUCUAUGGUAAAGACAACCUUUCGCAGACCCCUUAGACAUAGUCUGUAGACCCCAGGGAGGUUGAAAACCACUGCUUUUGAUAUAGACUAAGACAAUCUAUAUAUAGGCCCUGAUUCUGCAUCCUGUGACUAAAGUAGAAUUCCAUGUUUGCAUGGAUCUCUUCUAGCAAAUCCUGAUGCAGGAUCAGGUCAUAGACACUAAGUUAAUUAUUUGUAAUGGUUAAAUUUUUUUCUGAAUAAUUAAAAAAUGACACCCAGGACAAGCACAGUAUGUUCUAAUUGUUCUAGCCAUGAUUUAAUUUGUUGCUGUUUUGUUUGCAGUACAUAAUAUCACAUCUUAUAAUGUUGGUGCAACUUUAAAAUUGUAGAUGAUAUAUUAUCAUCCAAGUUCUUUGUGUUCAUCAAUGUGUCAAAUUUCUAUUAAGAACGUAUUUGUAAAAGAUGUACUAUGUUUUCUUUUGGUAAUCUAUUUUUUCUGCACCGGAUUAACGGUCUGGGGCAGCAGUAAAGUAAAACCUGCGAAGAGCUACAUCAGCUAUGUCAUGUUAUACUGCAACUGUAUAAUAGAGUGAUUCCUGUUAACGAAAAUCAUCCCAGGGGCAAGGUGCUUUUCUAAGCAAUAUCAAUGUGUUUUAAUAGUUUUAUUAAGGCUUCUUUCAGUUUCUUAAUCUAUUUCAAUCCUGGCCUCUUUUACCUUUCUUAAAUUUGUCUGCCUGUGAGAUCACAAUGGCAGGGAGAGAUGUAAUGGAGCAACAGAAUAGCUAACGCUGAAGACACAGGGCCAAAUCCUUCAGUCUUGUUGAUUUGCCAAGGUAAACACCAAGGUCCCAAUCCUCAACAAUAUGAGAAGCCUGUACCCAUUGGGCUACUUGCCUAAGUAAUGACUACUCACAGGAAUAUUAGUUGCAGGACUGGCCUGAGUAAGGACUGCAAGAUUUGGCCCAGUUUAUUUAAUGUAAUUUAAGCAUUUUGGAGUAUAUGCUCCUCUUGAUAUGCGUGUUGGCUCCCAUUGUUACACACAUUUGAAAAAUCCUGAUUCAUGAUUGCUGUAAAAGGUUAUGUGGUGACUCAGAAUGUUAUCGUUUACCUCCCGGAGGCUACAGUACUUGGGUUUGGAACAAUGUUAACCAGCUGAAACACUGACAGUAAGCAAAUGGGGCAUCCUAAUUGACUGCAUAUGAGUUCAGGACUGCCCAGAGGAUUCAGGGGGCCUGGGGCAAGGCAAUUUCGGGGGCCCCUUCAACAAAGUUGCAAUACUAUAGAAUACUGUAUUCUUGUGGGGGCUCCUGCAGGGCCUGGGGCAAAUUGCCCCACUUCCCCCCUCCCUUCCCUCCCCCGGGUGGCCCUGUAUGAGUUCAGUAAGAGUAUCCACUGUCUGUUUAUUUUUUUUCCCCUAACUUGGCUUUGUAAGAUCUCUGUAACAAAAUUGCUGGAUUUGUAUACAAGUCAACUUCAAAUACAUCAUAGCUGUACUUUAAUACCGCUGACAUAUUUACAUAGCAUAGGUAUAUUUUGCCACAUGGAAGCCAGGACUGCCUUCAUGGAGGCCCCAUCUCUUCGUACUGCCUCCUGCUUUCCACAGUAAAGCAGAAUCGUUAUUAUCUAGUCUUGAUGCCAUGUUCCCUCCCUCUCCUCUCCUCUCCUCUUUCCCCCCCCCCCCCCAUAUUGCCAACAUUCCCCAGCAUUUCUACUCAGGAAGCUUUUACUAAUUACGGUGGCUAAUGCUCAACCAGCCAGCAUUAACUGAAUGGGUUAAGGGGAGAAUGAUGCCAUGGAAAGAGGCUUUCAUGCAUUCCCACUCCUGGAGUUGAUUCCCACAGGGUGCAUGUGUGAGGGGAGCAUGCUGAUGAGCCAGGAUUCCAUUUCUAUGUCCUUGAUCCACAGACAGCUACUAAGUAUUCCCCUUAGCUUGCAGAAGUGGAAGAGAGCAUUUUAAGCCUUGAUUUAUUUCCUUGGUAAUUACAGAGAAAUAGUCAAAGUUGUAAUAUUACUGAUUUCACAAAAGAAACGUCAUCAAACAGUCAAGAUCAGUUUUAUUGACUUCUCAGAGGAUCUACAUUGAAGAUUAAAAGUAGUGAACGGGAGUAGAAACAGCUGUUGAAUUUUUUUUUUUAUUAAAGUAACACACCAAGGUACUUGCAUAGCGGUGUUCAUUUUAAUUUUUUUAGAAUGACCCAUAGUAUCCAACGUGGCACAAAAAAAUUAUCACUUUUUUUUGUCAAUGCUGCCAUUAAUUAAAAUCCUAACCUGUGGGGGGUCAUAAGUGGUUAACUCAGCACAAAUAUAGAUAUAAAAAACAUUUUAUGUCAGGGUUUCCAGUUGUUUGUCAAACUUUUCUUGGGUGCCUUUUACUUGUAUUAAAUGUACAAAAGUGUAGUGAAAAAUGUAUCAAACUCAUCAGUAGCAGAUAUUGCUAAGUGGGGAGGAGUCAAAAAUAAUUCUCAUGGAGCGAUUGUCUUCCUGUAAAGUAUCAGUAACUCAGGUUAAAUCCCAUAUUACUUUUUAGUCACAACGGUGCAGGUGAUGUUUUAAGAGGGGAUGGAAAGCCCUGGUAACACAGGGACUUGUAGAAAAGACAAAGUUAAGAGGUCUUUUGCACUUCUACAAGCAACGACAAAAAAGUUUUUUUUUUAAUUACUAAAUAUAAUGGCUUCUGAAUAUUUGUUCUAAAAUCAACAGACUGGAAACAGGCCUGUAAAUUGAGUUUUUUUCUAAUUUUUAUUUUACAUUCUGAUUUUUCUCUCCUUAAGAAUAAGGGAUUGAGCUGAUUAGUGAUUGUCAUGACUUGUAAGAACCGUAUGCGCUUAAAGUCAUACUAUAAGACUGAUGAAUGUAAAGAUGGUUAAUUUAAAGCUAUGGUUUUGCCUUAAUGGUUUAAAAAUAAAAUAUUUUUAAAAAUUGUA